AUGGAGUUGUACCACAGGGAGACGUCAAGCGUGAUAUUAACACAAGAGAUAUGCAUAGAAAAAAAAGGGGGCGGAAACACGCGUCCAGCACGCCCGCAAAACGGCAUCCUGUUCUUUUGCUCCCAAACAGUCACCGAAGACCAGCAACCCGUUGAACCAGCCCUGCAUUGGCUUUCCUGCUUCUGUACUGAUCGUUCGCCUGUCCUUCCGCCUCCGACUGCCCUUCCGGACGGACGCCUGACUGCGCGACAUCACCAAACACAUGUUGUGUGCGUGCGUGUGCGUGUCUGUUGUUCUCUCUCUCUCUCUCAAGCUCUCUCUCUCUCUUUCUCUCUUUCUCUGUCUCUCUUUCUCUCUUUCUCUCUCUCUCUCAAGCUCUCUCAAGCUCUCUCUCUCUCAAGCUCUCAACCUCUCAACCUCUCAAGCUCUCUAGCUCUCUCUCAACCUCUCUCAAGCUCUCUCUCUCUCAAGCUCUCAAGCUCUCAACCUCUCAAGCUCUCUAGCUCUCUCUCAACCUCUCUCAACCUCUCUCUCUCUCUCUCUCUCUCUCUCUCAACCUCUCUUUCUCAACCUCUCGCUCAAGCCUGCAACUGCUCAUCCUCAUGCUUCAGGUUGGCUGUCCCGCCCUGCGCGUGA